UCAGGAGAAAUAAUCUUAAAUUCCAGGAAAAUAAAGGAGCCACUAGCAAUCCAAUUCAUGGGAUGUGGAUGCAACAAGAAGUUCCACUGACAGCGGAGACAGAUAGGCAGGCAGAAGUGGGGCUCCUAAAACGACGACGUUUUGACUCUGCUGGCACUUUGGCACCGAUCUCCCUCAGCCGUUAUUACUCAUCCAUCCUGAGUUUUAGUAAAAAACUGUGAUAAAAGGAGAAAAAUAAUCGACUGGGAAGCUGUUGGGGGGGUGGGGGAAGAUGAAUAGGGAAGAGGAUUUGGAGUGGGAACUGAGGCCAGGUGGGAUGCUGGUUCAGAAGAGAGAAGAUGGUGAUAAUAAUGGUGGGGUUGGUGGUGGUGAUUCUGGGUCAGGGUCGGCCAUGAUCAACAUCAAGGUCUGUCAUGGUUCUAACCACCACCAACUCCAUGUCCCCAUUCAAUCCACUUUUGGGGAUCUGAAGAAGCGUCUUGUCCAAGAAACUGGUUUGGAGCCCAAGGACCAAAGACUCUUGUUCAGGGGAAAGGAGAUAGAUGAUCAGGAGUGUUUGCAACAGGUAGGGGUGAAGGAUAGAUCAAAGUUGUUGCUCUUGGAGGAAAUGGCAAGCAAAGAGAGGAAGCUUGAAGAGGCGAGAAGAAGUGAUGAGAUAUCAAAGGCAUGUAAAGCUGUCGCUGAAGUCAAAGCAGAAGUUGAUAAGCUCUUGGAAAAGGUGGUUGCCUUAGAAGCAACUGUGAAUGGUGGGACUACUGUUGAGAACAAGGAGUUUGUUGUCUUAACAGAGUUGCUCAUGAGGCAGUUAUUGAAAUUGGAUGGCAUUGAGGCUGAAGGAGAAGCAAAAGUGCAGAGAAGGGCUGAGGUUCGACGUGUCCAGAGCCUUGUGGAGAUGCUAGACACCCUGAAAGCAAGAAACUCCAAUCCAUUUAGCACUAAGAGCAAUGCGGUGUCAGUGACAACCAAAUGGGAGACAUUUGAAUCUGGACUGGGAAGCCUGACCGCCCCACCCCCAAUGCCAUCUUCCACAGCAGUGAAUCAGGAUUGGGAAACAUUUGAUUAGUCUUAAGCCUCCCGCAUUGUUUGGUAUAUGGAACUUGGUAAGGUAUACAAGUCAUAAUAUAAUAUGGUACCUGGAAUGAAUUUAAUAUUGUUGUAUGCUUCAUUGGUAGUUCAUAUUUUGCUGUGGGGUACAGACCUCAAGACUGUAAAUGAAACUUCAUUUUACUAGACCAACAAUUGGUACUCAUACCAUAGAUUUAUCGAAUGUUGAACUGCUUAUUAAGCAUAUUACUUUUGAGCCUUCAA